GGCGACUACCUGUCUGAUUACGCCGACAGAUCCUCUCCCGGACCGAACGCAGUCGGUUUUCAACACUGGCUGCAACACAAUUCAACGAGAUUGUUACAUUAUACCAAGACAGUUUAAUCUAAUCUACACUAAAAGGUUGUGUUUUAGAACCGAUUGAAAUUUGGCAAACAUCUGCGUGUGUAAAUCGAUUCGGACAUCAUCAACUACUUUGGAAGAAUAAAAGAAUGGCGAACGGACGCGAUCGACUACCGCAGUUUCUCCCGGUACUGAUGAUCCUGCUGUUCAAAGGAGUUACGUCCGAUAUAGAACGCAGUGGCUUCGACGAGAAUAGUUUUAGCAGAUUCGACGAACUUUAUGGUGCUUCUCAUGAUCAGUUCCCGGACUUUUAUAACGUACCGUUACACCCUGUCGAAAAUCCUUUCUGGCAAAGUCCCGAAAAUCUUGGCGAAAUUUCCGGAGUCGCGGUGGAUCCGACGGGAAAAGUCGUGAUUUUCCACCGCAGCGAUCGAACAUGGAAUUAUGACACUUUCGACGAGAAUGGAGAGUAUCAAGAAAAGUACAAAGGUCCAAUUCAUAGUAACACGGUCUUAACGCUCGAUCCGAAAAGCGGCGAUAUUAUUUACGGCUGGGGAAAUCAGACGUUCUAUCUGCCACAUGGGAUUCACAUCGACAAUUUUGGAAAUGUAUGGCUGACCGAUAUCGCUCUUCAUCAAGUAUUCAAGUAUUCACCUUCCGGAGUUGCUCGAAUGGUUCUCGGUCAAAGAUUUGAGCCUGGAAGUGACAUGGAACAUUUCUGUCAACCAACCUCGGUCGCGGUUGCUCCUGGUGGAGAGAUCGUUGUCGCGGAUGGAUACUGUAACAACAGAAUAGUGUUAUUCGAUUCGAGGGGCAGCCCCAAGUAUAGUAUCGGUGAACAUUGGAUUUCAUUAAGAAUUCCCCAUGGAUUGACAAUCUUGCCAAAUAGAGAGGUAUGCAUCGCGGAUCGCGAAAAUUCGAGGGUGGUGUGCUUGGACAUUGGGCUUUCUGGGUCAAGCCAGAAUCCUGAACCUCCCUAUUCGAUCCGUCACCGUCAGUUUGGCCGUAUAUUUGGCAUUACAUCGUAUCGUGGUAUUAUCUAUGCUGUUAACGGGAUAACAUCCAGCAAGAUACAAAUCAAGGGCUUUACUGUCGAUCCGGUAAAGCGAAGUGUAGUAGGAACUUGGGGUCCAGAAUCCUCGCUCUUCGUAAGACCUCAUGCUAUCGCUGUGUGUCCAAAUGGCACAGCUCUCUAUGUAUCAGAGAUUGGACCAAACAAAGUAUGGAAGUUCGAUUUAUUGCAAAUUCAACUAACAUAGAAAUUAAACAAUAUGUGAAUACAUAUGUAUCAUGUAAAUAAAAGAGCGUAUAUAAAAAUUACUACUCUAAUAAAUAUGCAAGCGCUUA